UAAUUUCAUUUCAUUUGUAAUUGCAAGUGCUUGAAAAGGAGAAAGAGCUGAUCUUCCUAAAAAGGAAGGCAGGGCAGCAUGCAGAGCACGAAGGGCAUGGGCAAGAGGAAACUGCCUUCGUCCGACAAGAGAAAUAAGGAGGACCGAAAAAGGAAGUCUAACAACAAACAAAAUUCACCUAACGUGCCAGUUGCGCUGUUCGAUCCCUACGUCGAUAAUCACUUGAGAUUGUACAAUGCCGAUCAUUUAGGUGCGGAGGAGGCAGCCUCAGCCACCAAAUUUAAGUCACUGGACCAAAUUCUCUCCAGAAUCACAUUCGUAAGGGACUGGCAGGCUUACUGCCAUUACGGCGCUGAUUCAAAAGCAGUGAAAUUCGCUUAUGAGAACACAAAUUCUCAAAUGGAGGAGGAUAGCGGAUUGAAAGUAGAUCUGCCACAGUUUUCUGCUGUUGCUGUUCCCAAGUGGGACGAAAUGUCUUCUAACAAUCUCACUUCCCCAAGCUCCUGCAAUGAUUUUGUACUAAAUGUUGGUGGAUCUGUUUGGGCAUUGGACUGGUGUCCUAAAGGACAUCAAGGAGCUUCAAGCCAAAUUAAUAUUGAGUACCUUGCAGUUGGAGCUCAUCCACCUAACUGUUUGUUACAUACACUUGGUGUACCCAUAACUGGGAAGGGUGUUGUCCAAAUUUGGUCCAUUUUCAAUGCUAACUUGAAUGAAAAAGCUUCGCCUUCCAAGCGGCAGAAAGUGAAAGGGAAGAGACAAUCGGAUAAAAAUGGACCUGUUCGUCAAGAAAAUGGAGACUCAAAUAGUAUUGCUUCUGGACUGUUUAAAGAACCUGUAGUUGGGCAAUACUCUGUUUUAGAACUGGACAAAGUGCCAGAUAAAAAUGUUGAUGAAAGAACCCACGAGGUAGAUUUGUUUGACCAAAUGAUAGGAAAGCAUGGGAAUGAAGAAGAUGGUAUACCUAUUGGGAUCCCUAUUGAUUGCCGUUAUCAAGAGACAGCUUGCAGUGAUUCCAAAUUGACUUCUCAAGAUGGUAGGAACAGAAUGAAAGAUAAAGUUCAGUCCAAGGUUGAUGAUGAUAAUGCUGAAGUUUUGUUGGAAAAUAUGGGCAGGAAUUCUGUAUCUUGUAUGGGUAUUGUUGGAUUAAAUGACAACACUAGGAAAUACAUCAGAUCAACAGAUAGAAAAGUGAAGUCUUAUACAGCAACACCAUCUGUUGAUGAUACAGGUUCUUUUCCACUUGAGGAAAGCAACCUGCCUAGAAUGGUCUUGUGUUUGGCACAUGAAGGAGAAGUUGCAUGGGAUGUGAAAUGGCAACCAUCAACUGAGAAGGACCUACAUAACCAACAUCGUCUUGGAUUUCUAGCUGUACUAUUGGGAGAUGGGUCAAUCGAAGUAUGGGAGGUUCCUGUUCCAAGUGCAGUGAAUAUGUCAUUCACUUCAAAUAAUGCUAGAGGUGGCUUGGAUCCUCGAUUUAUAAAACUGGACCCUGUCUUUAAAUGCUCCAAGCUUCAAAGUGAUGGUCGGCAGAGCAUUCCUCUUACUUUGGAGUGGUCAACUUCAACACAACAUGACCUUCUGUUAGCUGGCUGUCAUGACGGAACUGUUGCUGUAUGGAAAUUCAACCCAAAAGCUUUUUCUUCACAAGAUGUAAGGCCUCUAAUUUGCUUCACGGCGGAUGCAGUUCCUAUUAGGACAUUAGGAUGGGCUCCUAAUGAGGGUGAUACUGAAAGCACAAAUAUAAUUGUUACGGGUGGCCAUGGUGGCAGUCUUCGAUUUUGGGACUUGCGUGAUCCCUUCCGGCCUUUAUGGGAUCUUCAUUUGUCAAGAGGAAUCAUCACAAGUCUUGAUUGGUUGCAUGAGCCAAGAUGUAUUAUUUUGUCAAUGGAUGAUGGCACACUACGCAUUCUCAGUUUAUGUAAAGCUGCACUAGAUACGCCAGUGACAGGAAGACCAUUUUGUGGAACUCAAUUUCAAGGAUUACAAAGUUAUUAUUGCUCAUCAUUUACAAUUUGGAGUGUCCAAGCUUCUAGACGGACAGGUUUGGUUGCAUAUUGCAGUGUGGAUGGUUCUGCUCUUCAUUUUCAGCUUACUAAGAAAGCCGUGGAGAAAGAUAAAAUGCGACACCGUAGCCCCCAUUAUACUUGUGGAUCACUCAUUGAAGAGGGAACUAGAAGAUUCAAGAUAGUUUCCCCAUCAACUCUUACUCCUGUUCCAAUGAAGAAAUCUCUUAAUGAAUGGAGUGAUACUCCAAGAUCCAUACGUGGUUUUCUUUCCGAGUCAAAUCAGGUUUUAAGAACUAAUAUACGUGCUACAACCGAGAACAAGUAUAUACAGUCUGGCUCAUCUGAAUUAGUAGCAGUAUCAGAUGAAUAUAAUGUGACACCCUCCAAGAACCGAAUUGCAAAGAAAUCAAAAAAGGUCACCAGUGGAAAGCAUACUACAAAGCAUAUGAAAGAGAGCAUGGGUGAUCUUUCCUUGGUUCCUGCAGGUGCAGGUCAAUGUCAUAGUUCAGGUGUUGAAGGGAUUGGUUGCAGUAGGAUUGAAAAAUACCCGUCAAAACAAGUUUCGAUACAUAAAGUCAGAUGGAAUUCUAACCCAGGUAGUGAGAGAUGGCUGUGCUACGGAGGAGCUGCGGGUAUCGUGAGGUGCCAAGAAAUAACUUCAGUAUUCGCUGUUCAGUAACACAUUCAAAAGGAUUUUGAAUAUGGAAACAGUCAUGACUCAGUAAGGCUUCCCCUGGCAUAUGGAAUCGAAGGAUGUUAAGUUUUAACAAUCAAAGUUAUUCAACGUGGGAAAUACAUUGGAGGUUUUCUCCAUUGUUGUAUUUUAAGCAGCAGAAUUCAAUCUAAUCACUUUUCAGCA